AUGGCUCCGCAGGACGUCGCACGCUCCUGGCUGGAGAAUUUCUCCCUGGCCUUGGAAACCCGCGACUACGAAGGGCUCUCAAAUCUUUUUGCGGAGAGUUGCACGUGGCGAGAUCUGCUGUCUUUCACAUGGGACAUCCAGACUACGGAAGGUAAGAGGGCCAUUCUCGAGAUGGUCUCAUCCGUUCUGGACCGUGUGAAGCCACAUAGUUGGGUCCUCACCGGAGCGACCGAUGCAGAUGGGAUCGUCACCGCGCAGUUCGUGUUCCAGACGGCCUGCGCAAGCUGCAUCGGGCAGGUGAAGCUUCGCCAAGGCCUGUGCUGGACGUUGCUGACCGCUGCCCAAGCACUCCACGGGCAUGAAGAGAAGCGGGGGCUCUUGAGGGAUCUGGGUGGCCAUCCGAAGGCCAUGCGGCGAAGCGCAUUGCAGCCAGCAUGCGCAGAGCCAGAGCCCUUUGUAGUGAUCGUCGGGGGCAGUCAAUGUGGGGUGACUUUGGGGGCCCGGCUGAAACAGCUUGGAGUGCCUAGCAUCGUCCUUGAGCAGAACGACCGACCGGGUGAUGCUUGGCGCCACCGCUACGACUCCCUGCGACUGCAUUUCCAAGUCUCCUACUGUGAGUUCCCUUACCUGCCCUUCCCAGAUCAUUGGCCUAAGUACCUCACAAAGGACCAGAUGGCAGACUGGAUCGACAUGUAUGCCAGGCUGAUGAAUGUUGAUGUGUGGACCCGCUCCCGCUGCGUAAAAGCGGAGUGGGACGAGGUGAAGAAGAGCUGGGCCGUGCAUGUUGAGAAGGACGGCACGCGCGUGCAGCUACAGCCACGACACUUGGUCAUCGCAACAGGCCUGAAUGGCACUGCCUACAAACCGAAACUCCAGAAUCAGGAGACAUUUGCAGGAGUCACCAUGCACUCCUCGCAGUACGUCUCAGGUGCAUCUCACGACGGCAAGAAGGUCGUUGUGGUGGGAUCCGGCACUUCGGCUCAUGACAUCUGCCAGGACUUGUGGGAGCACGGUGCGGAUGUGACAAUGAUUCAGCGCAGCCCCACACCAAUCACCAAGGUGAGCACCCAUCAGCAGAUUUGCUUGCAACGGCUCUACUCAGAAGAAGCAAGAGCCGCUGGGAUGAGCGCGGCGGCGGCUGACUUGGAGUUCAUGUCAACGCCUUACCGGCUUCUCUUGGAGAAGCAGCGCAGAGCCGCCGUGGAGCUCAGGGAGCAAGAUGCUGAUCUGCUGCAGCGACUGGAAAAGGUGGGCUUUCUCCUGGAUUCAACUUCCACGAACACCUCCAACUAUCUGUCGACUGGAUCGGGUACGUACUUGGACGUAGGUGCUUCAGAGCUCAUUGCGGAUGGGUUGAUCAAAGUGAAGACUGGCAGUGCCAUAGCUUUCAGCGAAUCUGCAGUGGUCACCGACGAUGGCACCCAUCUCAACGCCGACACUGUAGUCUUUGCCACGGGCUAUGCGCCGCUUUCGAAGCUCAUCGCGGAACUGUUGGGGAAAGACACGGCUGCACGCCUCGGCAGGAUAUGGGGCUUGGGCACGGGCAUUGAUGGAGAUGAAGGACCUUGGGAGGGAGAGCUGCGGAACAUGUGGAAGAGAACUAACGUGGAAGGCCUUUGGCUGCACGGCGGCAAUCUUCUGCAAAAUCGCAUCUAUUCCCUCUUCCUGGCCUUGCAACUCAAGGCCCGAUAUGCUCACAUCCCUACGCCCGUCUACCACGCGCACAACAAGGGCUUCGAGUUCCUCGGGGCUUGA